UGGUCGAUGGUGCAGGUGCCGCUGAUCAAAACGGUUUUUAGUUCGAAUUCAACCGAUACUAUUCGAUUCUUCUGUUUCUUAUAAAAUUUAAACGUUCAUCUUUUUUUUUAUAUCUAUAUUUAUGAAUAAUCGAUGAGCGAUGGUCGAUCGAGUAUCAAAGGUGAGCUGUAAAGAGUGCAAUUUCGUUUUUGAUUCUGGACAUUGGAUACGCAACAAAAUCGACGUUUCUUUAUUAUAAUUCACAGUUUUGAUAUCCAAUGAUCUAAUUUUGAAAAAAAAAAAAAGAUUUAUCUGUUUGUGUACGAUUUCCAACGAAGUUAAAGAAGAUAAUAAUCUUCAACGUAAUCAGCUAGAUAUCAGAAUCUCGAAGGCGCUUAUCGCGCAGUUCACGCUUGGGUGAUGAGAGAUGGUGAGAAUGAGGAUAGAGUUGGCCGAGGUUGAGAUACCGAUGGAUGACGGUUCAUCCUCACCAUCGAAGAACAUGGAGGUCGAUGAGUACGGAGUAGAGGCAGAGCUGACGAGUCUUUCGUGGCUGCAAUCGUUAGACAUCACGAGUGCGUCCAGUUUGCCAACGCCACCAUGUUCGCCAUCGCCUCCACCGUUGGUACGAAAACCCCCGAAGAAGAUGUCACCUUUGCUCAAGGCUGAAUUAGAUCUUGCGGAAAAUGCCGAUAAAUAUCGAACGGAUCCAGACGCAAAGCCGCCAUUCUCCUACGCUACGAUCAUAUGCCUCGCGAUGCGCGCGAACAAUAAUAAAGUGUCCCUGUCGAACAUAUAUGCAUGGAUUCGCGAGAAUUUUUUGUACUACAAAUAUGCUGAUCCAGCUUGGCAGAACUCGAUUCGGCAUAAUCUAUCGUUAAACAAAUGCUUCGUCAAGUUGCCACGUUCGAAGGAUGAGCCAGGCAAGGGUGGCUUUUGGAAACUGGACUUGGAACGUAUGGAAGAGGGUAAAAGAACGAGACGACGUGCUUCGACAACUCAACGUAAUCGAGGAUCGAGAAGACAACACAACACAACAAAUUCAACGACGACCACGACAACGACGUCGACAUCGAUGACGUUGUCUUCUGCUUCAGUAACGAGCAAUCAUUCGUUGCAAAACAGUUGUGUACCACCUACCACCUGUCUUUCCGCCCUUUACGAGACACCACCGAGCAGCGUUUCACCUCCGAUACCAGACACACUUUCGGAAGUACCCGAAUCAACGCAAGUUAAUCUCACCGAAGAUGAUCUAACGGGUCUACUGAUCGCCACAGCAGGUUGGGAUGAGAACCAGCUGGAUCUCUUGGAUUCUCUUUUGGAUACUCUUUAAACAUUUUUCUAUCGCUUGUUUCUUUUCAAAGAACUUAGAAAUAAGUCGAUUAAAAAUCAUCCGUGAUAAACUAUUACUUUCUUGGAGAUUUUACAUUUCUUCUAAUUGAUCUUUUUUAAAUUUUACUUACUCGAGUAAAAAGCAAUGGCGGAUUCUUUGCUCUAAACGAUUUUAAUUCACGUAUUAUCAGUAAUUGAUCGACUCAUAAGGGAACUUUAAUACUGUCCAUUAUAAAUAUAUUGAUGUCGUGUGAAAAAAAUCAAAUAAAUGUUGAACUUGUAUCGAAGCGAUGGGAGAAUGAACUAACGAUGAAUACUUCUGUAUUAUUUGAUAUUUCCUCACGUUUGAAGCAUGAAAUUAUAGAAUUAGAUAAUAUUAAUUAUAUACGAAAAUGAUGAAAUAUUUUCGUUGCGUUCCGACGAUAUUGACGGAAGAAUUCGUUCUACGUUCAUAUUUAAUUCAACGAACGAACAAAGCGGCUGUAAAUAAUGAGAUAUUUAUCCAUUGUUCAAAACUCGAAAGUAGUAUUUCGAUUUUGAAUUAACUCGAUAGCAGUUGGUGAAGUACGAGUCAUAAGUAUAGAGGGUGUCUCAUUUAAUUCAUUCAUUUAAUAAUUUUUCCAUAAAAAGAUAAAUUAACCUCUUCGUUGGAGAAUUUUGCAUAUUGCUCUUUUAAGAAGAAAAAAGAAAAAAAACAAGAAAAAAGAACAAAAAAAAAGUAAAAAAGAUUUUAAUUGAUGUAAUUAAAUGAGACACGCCAUAUAUACGAUCUUUGUUUCGAAUCAUCAACAUAUUAUGAGAGCGUUUUGUAUUUUGUACGCUCGGAUAGAUAAGUUUGUUCGUUAUAUAAUUGCACUAUAAUCAUUAGUUAUAUUUAUUCUUACAACGAACGAUAGUGAUUAAUAAUUAUGACUAAUACGCGUGAAAAUAAAGGGAUCAUACCUUUUU